AUGGAACAAAUAGUUCCUUCCUUUUGUUCCUCAUCCUUGUUCAUUUCUCUUUUACUAGCAAUAAUCCUAUGCAGUAGCCCUACACAAUCAAUAGGGCAAGAUGUGCUCAAUGAUAUAUGCUCCAAGACUGAUGACCCUUCUUUCUGCUUACAAACCUUAAAAUCCGAUCCCCAAACCGCCACGACUGACCUCCUUGGCCUUGCCGGAAUAUCAAUCAAGUUGGCCAAAACCACUGUCAGUGAAACUCACACAUUUGUUAAGUCACAACUUGCUCAGACAACUGACCCCAAACUCAAAGCGCAGUACUCACAAUGCAAUGACUCCUAUGAUGAUGCCACUGGUAAUGUUGACUAUGCAAAUGAAAGGUUGAAGGCUGGUGACUAUGGUGGAGUAAGCUCUGCAGCAUCAGCUUGCAUGGAUGAUGUCUCUGACUGUGAAGAUGCAAUCACUGGUGCAGCUUCCUCUCUCCCACAACAGAAUAAGAAAUCUAAUGAAGUUUGUCUCAUGACAUUGGUUAUCGCUAAUCGUCUAUUGGAAAAAAAUUAA